UCGCGCAGAAAAUGUCCGUGUCGGCGGCUCGGCAAAAUGAAACUACAUGUGAUGUAAGGGUCAACGGACAUACGUUGUAAAAUGGCGAGUAGACAAAACACAAUCUAUGAAGGAUGUUUACAGGACGAUCUUCCGUCCUUGGAAUCGUCCAUCAUCCGUGUUUUCUCGAGCUCUACCUUCACAGAUAUGACAGAGGAAAGGAAUUAUCUGUUGAAGAAGUCUUUUCCCAAGAUUCGGGAUUACUGUUUCACGAUGGGUCUCACAUUCCAGAUUGUGGACAUGCGAUGGGGAGUGCGUGAUGAGGCUUCGAUCGACCAUACAACCAAUGAAGUGGUUCUGGGUGAGGUGGAAAAGUCAAAAAGGAUUUCACGUGGCCCCUACAUGCUUGCAUUUCUUGGUGACAAGUAUGGGAGUCGUCCGAUGCCGAGUAAAAUAGAGGCUGUAGAAUACAAGUUGUUGAGGAAGACUGCGAUGAAGCUAGGGUAUGACGUCAGUCUCAUGGACGAGUGGUUUAAACGGGAUGACAACGCUGAACCAGCAAUCUAUUAUCUCAUUCCCAUCACCAAGAUUCUACCAAACUAUGACAAGGACCUUGAAGGGUUUGAAAAGCAACGCCAAAGUGACAGAGAAAAGUGGGCUAGUGUGGAUGGCAGACUCACCAAAAUGUUACGAGCUGCAGCUAGUCAGGCCCACGAGGAAGGUCUCAUCACCAAGGAAACGCGCCACAAAUACUUUUAUUCGGUGACGGAGGUAGAGAUAACAUCAGGUAUACUAAAACCCGAGUCAGUGAAGGACAAAGUCAUCUGUUACUUCCGGUCAUUUCUCGACAUCAAUAUAAAGGACAAACUAGCAUGGAGAUUUACUGACCUCGUGGAUGGCGCUGUAGAUGAUGAGGCCAUGGAGUUGAGAGAGAGGCUCAAGUUCACUCAGGUUAUUCCAAAGUUAAGUCCAGAAGAAAUGAAGAAGUACAGCUUAUAUUGGACUCCAUCAGGAGUAGACACAAACAACGCAGAUCACAUGAGCUAUCUCAAUAGCAUGUGUGAAGAUUUUGAAAAAAAGAUGAUGACCAUGAUACAAAAAUCAUUGAAAGUGAAAGAAAGACGUCAUUUUGGCGUCAAUAAGAAAAUGUACCUGGAGGUUCUUCAGCAUUUACACUUUGCCAAGCAUAAGAGUAAAGUAUUUUGUGGAAGAACUAGUUUGCUGGAAACAAUCAGACAAAAAAUGCUGUUGACCCAUACAGUUCGAGAUGUUGAAGGUCAAACUGAAGAUGAUGAGGACAAGCAUAAUGCCGGUAAUGAUGCAGACACAUCGUCUACAGCAUCCUUAUAUCAGUCAGUGGAUGGACAGAUCUCCCAGAAAGAAUUGGACGAACUUGCACAAAUCCAAACAGAACAUGAGAAGAUUAAAGUUGGUUUAAAACAACUAGGUAUUGUGUAUAACCAUGCUGACAUUGACCUCGAUCAUGAAAAUGACCCUUCUCGGAAUCCCAAAGCAGAAUUGAUCCGCCUUCCUUUGAUCAAGACAUACAGUCGGCCAAUUGUUGUCUAUGGCAAUUCUGGGUCAGGAAAAACUUCAGUGAUGGCAAAGAUAGCUGAACUAAGUAAAGUCUGGUUUCCGAAUUCUGUUCAAAUUGUUCGCUUUUUGGGAACCUCGGCAAAUUCUUCUUCCAUCCGUGACGUACUUUUAGGCAUCUGCUUCCAGGUUUGGAUAUUAUAUAAUGUGAAGCUUCCUCAGAACCUUGAUCUAGAUACUGAUUUCAUCUUCCUCACUCAGUACUUGACAGCUCUGCUUUGGCGAAUUCAGACGAAGGACAGACCAUUGCUCAUCCUUUUAGACUCAGUUGACCAGCUCCAGGUAACAGACCAUGCCAGUGCAAUGCAUUGGCUACCCCUCAAGGUGCCCCCUGACGUUCAUAUCAUAGUAUCUACCAUAUCUCAUCAAAGCGAUUGUCUGGGAAACCUCCGCUCUGUGCUACCUCCACACGACUGCAUGGUUCACGUUUCAUCUGUGUCGCAAGAAACUGCCGAAACCAUGAUAAAAAAUGCUCUCAAAGAAAAAAGCCGUAGACUAACAAAGCUUCAGUGGCGCCACCUGCUGGAAAAGACAUCAAAGGAGGGCCAGCCAUUGUAUGUGAAGCUAUUGUCUGACCAGGCUGUAACAUGGAAGUCCUCUACAGCGAUAUCUAAAAUCACCGUGGGAAACAACAUCAAGGAGGCCAUUACUUGCUUGUUUCUAGCCACAGAGAAAGAACAUGGAGAAGUCAUUGUAGCUCAUUUAUAUGGUUACCUGUCCGCAGCCCGAGAUGGUUUGUCACUGUCAGAGCUUGAAGACAUUCUCUCUCUUGAUGAUGAAGUUCUACAAGACACAUUUUUAUAUCACCUACCUCCAGACCCAGAAAAUAUCCGCUUCCCGUCUGGAGUUCUGACACGAGCUCUCGCAAAUGUUUUGGACUACCUUGUUGAACGCAGGUCUGGUAUGACAAACGUUCUAUCUUGGUACCAUCGCCAGUUUACUGAGGUGGCGGCAGAGAGGUAUCUCUCCAGGGAGCGGGCUCUCAAGAGACAUGCCUUAUUGGCAGACUUUUUUCAGGGAGUGUGGUAUAAGAAGAGAAAAGCUCUUAAGCUGUACAAAAAGAAGACGGCCUCAUACCCUAACUCAAUCCGCUCAGUACCAGAACAGCCUAUUCUGUAUUGCCACAACAUGUACAACACACGUAAACUCAUAGAGCUGCCGUACCACCUUGUCAAAUGUCAACGCUACCAGGUGUUCCGUGACAUCAUUGCUUGUGAUUUUAAUUUCCUGUAUUCCAAAUGCAAAACAGCUGGUAUCACCGACCUUGUGGAGGAUCUUCAUCUGUGUUUGGUUGCCAUGGAUACGGAGGGUUACCUUGACGAGGAGGUUUACCAUGACAUCCUUUAUGUCCAUGAGAUUUUGUUGAUGGGCGCCAACAUGAUCCGGAAGGACGCUAACAAUCUCCCAAUUCAGCUGAUGUCCAGACUUGGCCUUGCAACAGCAACAACAAAAUGGUUGAAAAGUCUAGUAAAGGGUGCAUAUGAGUGGUGUAAAACAACCUCUAUUCCAAUACUGUCACCGCGGUCCUUCUGUAUGCCACAACCAGGGGGGAUUCUUCAAGUGACCAUUGACAUCGAGAUCUCCUUAACAGAAAGUUUGAGGGAACGGGACCUGGCUCAUGUGAUGUACCAUCAUGAAGAUGGCAAUCAGCUGACUGUUCUGACCCCGCCCACAUCAAGAUUUGACCAUGCCUUCGUCCAUAUGUUUGACCUAGCAGACAAUGGAAGCCGUAUAUAUGUGACCAAAUUGACCAGAGAUUUCAUGGCUGUCAAUUUCUUUGCUGGAAAAAAAUACAUGCACCUGAAGGACAAAGGUGGUCACGACCAGUUGUUCCUGACAAAAAAAGCUGCGCCUUUGGAGUUUCCACGUGAAGCCAACUGUAUCACUGUCUCCAGCUCUGGAAAAUAUCUCGUCUAUUCCAGUCUCUCCAGAGUAUACAUAUGUCUCAGCGAUACUCAUGGUGGUGUCAACAAAAUCAAGCAUGUUUUGGAAACAGAUCCAGAGGACAAGGUUGUCAGUAACCCUGAUGAAGAUCAGAGACAUCCGGAAAAUAAAGUCAGCAUCAAGAAGAAACCGUGUGCGGUGAUAAAUAUGGUCAUUUCACCUGAUGAGAAGUAUCUGGCUGUGUUUACGACUGGGUGUGGUCAUUACAAAGUGUGGAAUCUUGAGAAUGGCCAAUUUCUGUUUGAUGCAAAAGAACCAGUAGAUGCAAAAGAAAAGCCCUUUUUUAAUUUUUCAUUCUCAGAAUAUAAUGACAUUGGAAAUUCAUCUCUCAUUACCAACAAUAACAUCCUUAUCUAUCGUAAAGAUGGCUACCGUUUCGAAGGUCAGCUGUGUGUGUUUGAUCUUGACAAUAGACAGUACUUGCACAGCCUGGACAGUGGAUCGUCCUACAAACUAACAAUCCUGUCACUUCACCCAACACAGCGCUACCUGUCCGCUGCUACUUCAGCAACUAUCUGCAGUAGUAAUGAGAAUGGUAAAGAAUGGAAAAUCUGGGAUGUGUGUAGUGGUGACAUAGUUACCAAGGCUACCGUACCCCAACUGUAUAAUGACUCUUGGGGCAUGAACUGUCUGAAACUGUUUGGUUCAGAUAAGAUCUUUGCUGUGUCAUCACACCAUGGGACAGUUGGAGCAAUACACAUUUCAUACUGUGGUGGAGUGGACAGCCCUUCACACUCAGCCAUCCCCUUCUGUAGUCUGAAUGAACACACUAUGGAUUUGGUACAGGUCAUAGUGAGCUCGGACAUGAAGCAGCUGAUCUCUGCUGCCAUGGACAACUCGGUGAAAACCUGGGAUCUCAACAAAGUCCUGACCAAGUUUACCACGAUAACGGAAGGUUGCCAUGACGAUGAGGAAAUUGCCUCAAAACUAACACCGAUGUUUGAGGAGGAGCUCAGGCAGGUUGUCAACACUAAUGCACUUGGAGUUAACAGUGAUGCGCAUGAAAUUUACAUGGCUUUAUCAAAUGGAGAAAUGGUGAUUGAAGAUCUCAAGUCAAAUGAAGUGAAGAGCAAAGUGCCCUUGACAUCAGAACCGCUGUCACUGUUGUUGGUAGGGUCAGCGGGGGACCACGUGGUAGCGGCUUCCAACAAUGGAACCAUUGUUGUUUGGGAGAUAGCAUCAAAGGUCAUCCAUAAGACUGUCAAGUGUAAACAUAAAGUGUCCUGUAUGGCCGAGGCCAGUGACAUCCUUGUGGCCGGUCAAGCUGGAAUGGAGGCUAAGGGUAGUAUCUGGAAUAUAAAGACAGGUGACCUACUGAGAGAAUUGUCCCUACUUUACUCCUUCUACACAGUGGCCAUCAACGCCAGUGGUACCAAAUUCGUGUCAAGCAUGUUUGAUUUCCCAGUAGUGGUCAGUGUAAAAGAGGAAACAGAAUCUCAAAUGAUGGACAUGAACAAAGUGGACACAGAGAUGUCAGCAGCUAAAUGCACAGCGGUCAGUCCGGACGAGGCUCUUGCUUUGUGUGGCUCAAUUGAUGGAAGUAUCCGGGUCAUUGAGAUGACCGGUGCAUACAAGUUCCGGUUGGGACAGAAGUCGACAGUGGUGAUGGCUAUUUUCUCUCCGGACAGUCGCUAUAUUGUCUCAGGUGGCUACAAAUCAAUCUAUAUUUGGAACAUGCAAGAUGGCUCUCUAAAGUUCAAGGUCAGGAAACAUGAUAAUUUCAUUCUUAACAUCAAAUUUGACCAGAAAGGAACCCACUUCCUGACGUCUGGCCGAGAUAAAAGGAUUGUGGUUUGGGAUUUUCGGCGUGGAAUCUCUUUGACUACAUUUUAUGCUGAUAGCCAAGUAGAUCAGGUGGAAUUCACAAAGCGAGGCUAUGUUGUCUUUGUUCCAGUGGGCGUUUCUGGUGCUGCUACACUCAAGCCAAAUCCAGUCCUUAAACAGAUGCUCAAGGGCAAAUACAACCUGAAAAUAAAUUCUACCAUAACUGACGCCCAGGGCAUGGCACUCGGCUUCUCCUCUCAGAAAAUACAAGGCAACGAAAGUGGAGCUUGUGAUAUUCUAUAACAUAGUAACAACGAAGCUGUAUGUACAAUAUUUUACCAUGGUAACAUUGAAAACAGCCUUCCUUCCUAAGUGUAGCCAUGGUAACAAUGAAGGUGGCAAUGUUAACCGGUUGUGUUUUCUCUGUACUGCUUGUACACUUCAUUCUCAGGAGCGAGUUGUUUUCACUUCAUGUUGAUAAAUGUUUGUGCAUUUAGCAAUCAGAAUAUUUCAAAUCCACUUCAUUAUUGAUAUGACGUUUUCAAAGUAUGAUGAUGGUAAUAGGAUAAUUAUAAGUUUGGAUCAGUGAGGAUAUGCAGACAUACGCUGGCGUCCAACUCCUACAUAUUGUGAGCAGCGUUGAGGUUUCUGAGUGUUCAUUUCUCCACAUCGUAUGAAGUGUGUAGUGACUAUUUAGAAUUUGAAGUUGUAAUUGUUAUAGAUUCAUCUGGAUGCUACAAUUCUCCACCUACCACGACUGCUGUGUCUCUUCCUGCCCGUUUUGAUUAUUUUUCACAAAGCUUAAUCAUAGAUCUUUCAAAUUCCAUAUGUAAGUUCCCUUUGCUCCCUAGUAAGAAAUGGCCUACGGAUGGCCCUUUGGAAUUUUUACCGCUGAAGAUUUUUAUCACAAUAUCUCAAAAAAUAAGGCUGCGUGGAUAUUCUUAAUAAAAAUUUGCACACUAUUAUGAUAUGGUAGGGAAUGCAAAUAGUUCUUCAUCCGUGGGCCAUCAUUCAUCAACCACCCGUCCAUAAACACUAUGCUUGUUAUCACUUUUUCGUAUAAAGUACUGGAAGAUUUUUCUCAAAAUUCCAAGUUUGUCCUUGGUCACAAUAGUUGUGACCUUUCGAUUUCGACUCGGAUCUAGAAAACGAAAUGGCCGACAGACAUUUAUCUCUGAUUUAGACACUUGUAGCUUUGUUAUUGCUACCUUCAGACUUAAAGGUACGGGAAGGACUCUUCUCAGACACCACAUGUAGGUUCCCCUUGGUCGCUAAUUGUGCCCAUUUAAUUUCUCAGAAUUGCCGAUUGACAGUUAUCUUUGAUUUUGGCAGUUUAAAUUUGAUAUUGUUAUUUCUUAAGAGGUAUUUGGGCGAUAUUUCUGAACUUCCAUAUGUACUACUAUAUGCUCCCCUCCAUACUUGUGCACAUUUGAUUUUGAGUCUGACCAGGAAAAUGACUGACAAGUGCCAAUCUUGAUAUGUUUUAACAUGAUGUCCUUGUUAGUUGCAAUUGUGCAUGGUAAACCUUAAGACUGAUCUGAAAAACAACAUGACCGCUAUGCAUCCACGAUGGAUAUUACAAUGUAGUUGAUGUUGGGUAUUGCUGUUUCCCAGAGAGUGAUCUUCUCUCUUAAACAGGACCAACAUGUAUUAAAAUGUUUUAGAGGAGGAGAGCAAAGAUGAAAAAAGUAAAAACAGAUCUAUGUUCUGUUAGGGCCAAAUUUCCAAUAUUGCUAUCGACCUAAACGCGAGAAGGAUCGAAAACACGAUGGCGAAGGAGCGAAAACGUAUUUUC